AUUUUUUCGAACGCGUACCGAGUAUCAUAGGUAGUGGUUGUGGUAAAGCGCUUCGUGAUGGUGUUGGUGGUUCCCACGAAGAACGUGGACCCUGGAACUGUUCGUUGGCGGCUUCUACUCCGCCCAAGCUUCAAGCCGAUGACGACUGUCGCGUCGGCUUUCUUCCAUCGUCAUCACCAUCACCCUCAACGCCAUCACACGACAACAAACCUCAUCGCGCCAGCAGUCGCAUCGUUCGGAAUUCGGAAUAGAUAGCAGCGCAUCGCGGACACGGAAAUAGCUGACUCGUGCUCACCGCAAAUAGCGCAUGACCACGAGCGGCUAGCUGUGAUUGCGGGGUGCGCCCUUCCUGUGGACUCAGCAUGCGAGCAAGCAUGAGCGUUCGUGACUGUUCCUGCUCUUCUUCUCUUCACUCUGCGGCUUUGACUAGCAUGCAUCCUUCGCUAUCACCGCCGCCAUGACAGAACACCGGCUACCAGUUAAACAACUGGUGAUUCUAUCAAUAUGCCGCUUUGCCGAGCCCAUCGCCCUCACUUCCGUUUUCCCAUACGUGCCCGAGCUUAUGGAAUCAUUUGGUAUUCCUCAAAAUGAUAUCGCGCGCUGGGCUGGCAUCUCGUCGUCGGCAUUCUCGUUAUGUCAAGGCUUCACAGGCCUCGUCUGGGGUGCCGCAUCCGAUCGCUAUGGAAGGAAACCUAUCAUAUUGUUUGGACUAUUCAACACCAUGUGGACAAUGUUGCUAUGGGGCUUCUCGCUCAACCUACCUAUGGCUUUGGCUGCACGCGCCCUGGGAGGACUAUCAAACGGCAAUGUAGGCAUCCUCAGAACUACAGUUGCAGAGCUGUGCCCAUGGAAAGAGCUCCAGCCGAGAGCGUUCAGUGUCAUGCCCUUGGUUUGGACAGUGGGUGCCACGUUUGGACCUACCCUAGGUGGAGCCCUAGCCAACCCGUUGGGUGUCGAUCCUCGGAAACCCAGAGGCACUGCUUUACUGGAGAAAUUUCCGUAUUGUUUGCCAAACCUUGUAGCGGCUGCAUUCUUCACUACGGGUAUCGUAAUAGGCUGGCUGUUUCUCCAAGAAACUCUGGAAAGCAAGAAGAACGCACCAGACCUGGGCCUGAGAACUGGGGCUAGAUUGAUAGCAUUCAUUCGCAAGAUACUGCACCUGCCGACCCAAAAGCAGAACGGCAAUUCAGAACGCGAGCCGCUACUCGGUCAACAGAAGAUACUUGACAGUGAAGCGACACCACAGCAUGAGGUUGCUCAUGAGGUAGUCAAGGAAAAAGCACCAAGAUACCGGGAUGUGUUGACAUUUCAGACGUCGCUAAACCUUGCCGUGUAUACGUUGCUCGCUAUGUACACCCAGGCAUAUGAUCAGCUACUUCCAGUGUUCAUGCACCAUCCAGUACAACUCGCAGACGAUCCAACCGUAUCCUUGCCUCUGAAAUUUGCAGGAGGCUUUGGUAUCGAGUCUCGACGCAUCGGCAUCAUUUUUACUGUGUUUGCCAUAUCGUGUACCAUGUGUCAAUUCUUACUUUUCCCACCUAUCGCGCGCUAUCUUGGUGUCGUUCGCUGCCUCCGAAUAGCAUUUCUCAUCUUCCCAUUUGUCUUCUUCGUCACACCAUUCUUAUCGCUUAUCCCAGAUCCAAUCACCAGGGAAGUCGCCAUGGUGCUGCUCUUGAUGGUUAGAGGAGUGGGUGGUACAUUUGCUUUCCCUACUAGUACUAUCAUGCUCACGAACAGUGCGCCUAGUCUACGUGUUCUAGGGACCAUCAAUGGUCUAGCGACGAGUUUCAGUGCUUUUGGCAGAGCAGCUGGACCCACUUUGGGAGGCGGCUUGUUUACUUGGGGUGUCAAGCGUGGCUAUGUCAUCGUACCGUUCUGGACUAUGUCUGCGAUUGCAUUCGCUGCCUCAAUACCAACAUUCUGGCUAGUUGAGGGUAAAGGGUUCGGAGACGACUCAGAUAUCGACGACGAAGAAAACGUCAUCGAGACGGAAGAAGAGAUUGAUGAAGGCGCAAGGAUGCCCACAGCAGCGUGGCAUGACGAUGCUGCGAUAUCUGAAUCAGAGUUUGGCGAUUUCGGAGAGCCACCAAACAUACUGAGCCUUACCACGACGCGAUCGAGCGUGGCUAUGGCAUCUGAUGACGAAGACGACGCGUCGGUGUCGGUAGGACGGGGACAGUCGAUUAAUGCCUUGGAGACGACGAGGAGUGGUUCGCAGAGUAGACGGCGGAAGAUUGUCAGGAGGACAUCUUCGAUACCAAUUGGUAUGGGCAAGGGCUUUAGGCGCUACAGUUCCAACUUGGGCAGCACGGGUAUUGGUGGCGGUUAUAGUUGGGGAGGCGCAUAGAUCAGAUCUACAUUAUCGGGAUGUGCCUUAAUCGAUCACAGCUUUUCGGUCCUUGUGGAACUCAGCAGUGAAGACUCAUAUGUAGCCUCCCAAUUAGCUAGCUCACUCAGCAACCCGUUCCAGCCAAUGAUCGAUGCACAGCUCAUCUCCCAUACAAUCGAUGUAUGACUCCAAGUCAGUGUUGAGCCUGAGCAUAGCAGCUCUAGCGAUACCCGGCUUGAAAGUACACGUACACAUACACAUGUAGCUAGUACAAAACAAAUCAUGAUGGAAUUUCAGAUUGACUCUGCAGCUAGGGGUCGACUACUAGGGCACAAACGGAAGUAUUCGGCGAUGGCUUCAU